UCAGGGCAGCUGCAGUGUAAGUUAACACGAUCUCUGUGUGGCAGUUCAUGUGUUAUGGUGGCCUUCUCUCUGACCUUUCUCUAACCAAACUGGGACUAACAUACUAUGUAUGUAAAACUAGGUUGAUUCCAUAUUUUAACAAAAAUCACUCAUUUCAACUACAGAUCUCCUUCUAGUCACAAUGUCAGAACCUCUUUGUGGUGCACUAACAUAAUAUCACAUGUGUUUUCUGUAAUGAUGAAGGAACUGUAUGUGCAAUUAAACACUUUUCAAAGGCCAUGUGCCUCAGAUCAAGGUUUCUGAUUUUAGAUUUCAGCUAAAAUUAUUCCCUCAGAGUACAAAGAGAAUUGAAUUCAAAGAAAAAGAUCAGAGCAGAAAACAGGAACAGUGGACAGGAAGAUGAGACUCAUAACGAAACACAGGCAGGAGGAUAUGAAAGAGUUUUAUUUAAAAAGGAAACAACAAACUUAAAGCUAUUUAUGUCUGGGUACACAAGUUCGGCGCAACACAGAUUUGGCAUUCCUCUCGAAGACAGAUAGUAACGGGUAGUUGUGGUGGGUGACGGAGUAACCUUGUUACCUUGGUAGCCAUGUUGAAAUCAGAUGCAAAUAUUUACACAUAAGGAAGCCGUUCACCAAUUUUAAGUAAUAAGCCGGAUGAUCUUACUCAAAAUUUGUGAAGUUUUAAGCUUGGCCUAGUGCUGCUCAUCUCUUUGCCUGAAUGCAUCAAGAUAAUGGAGGCCUGUGGGCACUUUCCCAUCAGGUCUGUGCUGGCUAAAUGGGCUUUUAUCCAUGGGACCAAAGUAACUAGAGUCAAACUGCUUUUAAAUCUCCCCUACAGAUCCAUGAAGCUAAAAUUUCCUGUCCAGUGUACAAAACAAUCUUUGCAAGGAUGGGAACCUUCCCUUUUAACAGUCAUUUGGGAUUUCGAUCAGGGUAAUAUGGAGGUAUAUGGGGAUAAAGACGCUGAUGGCUUCUAUAGUGGGGAGACUGGUGGUCGCUUUGGUUUUGUGCCGAGCAACAUGGUAUCUGAGAUUCCUGUGGAAGACGGAGAGCUUAAAUGUCACCUGUUCCAGCAGGGGUUUUUACCAGAGGAGACGCCUUCUAUAGCACCCAGUGAUACUUCUAGUGUGGCAGAUGGUGGGAAGGUCCACAGGAUGGUGGCCAUUUUUGAUUAUGACCCUUGGGAAAGUUCUCCAAACUUGGACAUUGAGGAUGAGCUUCCCUUUCGUGCUGGAGACAUUAUAUAUGUUUUUGGGGAAAUGGACAGUGAUGGAUUUUAUUAUGGGGAUCUACAUGGUUAUCGAGGUCUUGUGCCAUCAAACUUCUUGCAACCACUGCCUUGGGAUUAAAUGAAAUGAGCAAUCAUAAAUCAAGAACAGAAGAGUGACCUCAGAUUGUGACUAUAACCCACUUUACUGAAUUCAGCUCCAACUCCAUUCUUGCUCUUUGCUUUUCUGGUCAUUUUUUAUAUAAAGUGUCUGUUUUCCUUUAAUGUACUGUACAUGACACUAUACUUAUUGCCCUUAUACCCUUAUUGCACUCGACCUUCUCUCUACAUAUUCACUAACUUUAGCUCAAGUACGUACAUUAAAGGGAAUUAAUUUCUGUAUAAUACAAGAGCUUUUGGAAGCAGCUAGUGUAUUAUAGCCUUAAAUAACUGAUAAUGGCAGUUUAAUAAUUAUCGUUUUUUUACUUUAUAAGUAAGUGUGUCUUCUUUAUAUGAAUUAAGCUAUUUUUGAUGUCAUUUGUCUAUGUGUUA